GAACAUUUUCAGCCUCUACAGAGGAAACAAUGAGUUCAACACAACAGGACCAACAUGGACCAAGAAGUCAGCGCUCUCAGGAGGCUGACAAACCUCACAGAAGGAAGGGAGAAAAAAAACACACCUGCCAUCAGUGUGGGACAAAUUUUAGUACUAAGGGUUCAUUGAAAAAUCAUCAAGUUAUCCACACUGGAGAGAGACCGUUCAGCUGUGACUUGUGUGGAAAGUCUUUUACCCAAGCUGGAAACUUAAAAAAACACCAACGCGUCCACACUGGAGAGAGACCGUUCAGCUGUGAUCAGUGUGGUAGAACUUUUUCUCAAAGGAGCAGCUUGCAGACUCACCAAAUUUCCCACUCUGGAAUUAAGGCAUACAGCUGUGACUAUUGUGGAAAAACUUUUAGCCAGAAAGGGAACAAAGAUGCACACCUACGCCUUCACACUGGACAGAAUGUGUACUGCUGUGAUCAGUGUGGCAAACUGUUUACAGCUGGCUCAUACUUACAACAGCACAUGCUUACCCACACUGAUGAGAGGCCUUAUCAGUGUGACCUGUGUGACAAGAAUUUUAAAGCUCCACAGUCCCUGAAAGAACACCAACAGAGCCACAACAGAAAGAGACUCUACAAGUGCAGUUACUGUGAGAAGCAGAGCCACACAGAUGGAUCCAGUUCUCAACCCUGUCAUCGAUGUGGUGGUGGGAAAGAGUUUCUCUGUGACCUUUGUGGGAAAACUUUCAAUCAUCAAAGGAGCCUAAAAAGACAUCAGCGUAGACACACUGGACACAAACUGAGCUACUGCAAAGAAUGUGGGAGCAGCUUCUCCACAGCAAAUGAAUUAAAACGACAUGAACUCUUCCACAGUGGGGUUAAAAAGCACCUCUGUGACCAGUGUGGGUCAUCCUUCACCACUGCAGGCCACCUUAUAGCACAUAAACGAGUCCACACAGGAGAGAAACCGUACAAGUGCAGAUACUGUGACAAAAGCUUCUCACGAUCAGAGAGUCGUAGCCUUCAUGAACGUACACACAUUGAAGGGAACUUCAGCUGUGACCAGUGUGACAAGAGCUUCAAGAAUCUCAGUUCAUACUCCCACCACAAACGAUACCACGCUGCAAAGAAACUGUUUCACUGUUACCAAUGUCCAAAAACAUUCACUUUAUUAUCUGCUCUGUCCAAACAUCAGCGUGAUCAUGCAGAGCUGAAAUCAUUCCCAUCAUUGGAUCACAGUGAAUCUGCAGACACACAAAUACUACGCUUGCACUGACAAGGCGCCGCUGCUUGUUCCAAGGGGAACCGCUUAAGAACGGGCUUGCGUUUCCAGUGCGUUGGGAGCUGAUCCUUUACGUAUGAGUGUGGGCGGUUCCUCGUUUGGAAACGAAAGUUGAAGGGCGCAAACAUGGCAGAACAUGCUCCACCUUUUGCAAACUUUAUUGCUUGUGCUGUGAACAUAUUUUAGGGUCCAAACCAAACUACUGCAGCAUCUGUGUGCAGCACAGAGGGAAACACAGACAGCGAUUAGAGCAAGACGACAAGUACGCACUUUGUGUCCUUUUAUCUGUGAUAUGAACUGAUACAAAGCAGCAAGUUCAGCCUUAGAGCCCAACCUAAUUCACAGCCGUGAAAAUCGCUUCGCUUUUCUCAUGAAAUACACACCAUGCCGUGCAAUAGCAGUGGAAAACUUUACGUUGAGAUGGCAGAGUCUUGCCCCUCUGCUGGUUGCGUCACGUGUUCCUUGGUUCCAGACCAGAUGGUUCAUUGUGCUGGACCGGAGCCUGAUUUUCAGCUGAGCAUCGAGUGCGAUGGCCCCAAAGUAGGAAUUACCUCUUUUAGUAGUUGAGGUGGGAUUGCAUCUUUAGGGGACCCUGAGAGUUUGAAAUGACGAAUAACCUCAUGUGACAGACUCAAACUGAUAGAAAUCAGCAGAGCAGGGAACAGUGCAGGACAGAACAUUAUCAGUUAGUUUUCUAUUUUUUAUUGUUUUGUAAUUUUGUAUUUUUCAUUGUUUUGAAUUGAAUUUUUUUUUUUACUUUUCUACAACUUUGAAGUCCAUGUUUCUUUUUCUUGAUGCCUUUUGAUCCACAUGUUCUGCAGCUGUUUUCUUGUUAACUUUAAGUUUUUGUUGUCAAAUACAAAUAUUCAACCAUCAGUUAUUUGUUGAAAUCUGUAAAGU